GAUAAGAAUAUUUGAUGCAAUUUGUGGCACUGUGAUACAUGUGCCACCUGCUGACAGAAGUUUGCAGUGCAGCUUGGUGCAGACACGUCAACCCAUUGGCUGCAUUAUAUCACGUGUGUGGAUCUGAAGAUGGCGUCUCCAAAUGGAGGUGAUGAUUUUGAAUCAUCUCUGCUGAGUUUUGAGAAGCUGGAUAGAGCAUCUCCUGACCUAUGGCCAGAGCAAUUGCCAGGAGUCGCAGAUUUUGCUGCAUCAUGCAAAAAUCCAAUUACCAGUUCUCCGCCCAAAUGGAUGGCUGAACUGGAGAGUGAGGACAUUGAAAUGUUAAAAGAGCUGGGGAGCCUGACCACAGCCAACCUGAUGGAGAAGGUCAAAGGGCUACAGAACUUGGCCUACCAGCUGGGCCUUGAGGAGUCCAGGGAGAUGACCAGGGGAAAGUUCCUGAACAUCCUGGAGAGACCCAAAAAGUGAAGACCCCAGGACUGCUCUUUACACAGGAUGUGUCUGCACAGAGAGUAAUACAACACCCAGACGACUGACUUGAGACAGGAAGAAGAGGAAUAAGACCUAUGCCUUUAUGUAUACACUCAUACUGCUACUACCACCAAGUCCCUGGAUUUGAAUAUUGACACUGGGGCUAAAUUCACUCACUGCGGAGUUCCGCUCGAGUCAAAGGGCUGCAACACUUUUCACCCCCUAACCUGUACAUUUCUUUUGUCCUCAAAGGCAGUUCCAUUUACUUUUGUAAUGAUUUGAAAUGGAGAAUUACUUUCCUGUUUAGCUAGCUUGUAGGACUGUUUUUAAAUGUGUAUAUUCUGUAUUUAUUAUUUUUCUAUUUGGAGCAUUAUAAAAAAAAAAAUGCAAUUUGUCAAAGAAAAUUGUCUAAUUCUUAAGAAAAUGUAAUAAAUUGCUCCCUCUUUUAGGCUA